AUGGCGGGUGCUGCUGGAGGUUUCUUGACGCGGGCGUUUGAGUCCAUGCUCAAAGAGUGUGCCACCAAUAAGAAGUUCACUUCACUUCAAACCGCUAUCCAGACUUAUUUAGAUAAUGCGAAGAACUCUAAUAAGCAGUUAAGCUCCAGUGGAACAACAGAGACUGUUUCACAUGUGGAUGAACACAGUUUGCCUGAAGCAGAAGCUGGGUCGACAAAAGAUGCAGCUGGACAAGAUCAAUCGGCGAUGUCUUCGCAAUCUCCUGAGGCAGCAGUUCCUGUGGGCAGACCAAGUGGCAUGACUGGAACGCUCACAUCUGCACUAGAAAAUGCUGGGAAUACUUUAGGAGGAGAUGAUGUGGAACUUGUUUUGAGCCCGCUCCGACUAGCAUUCGAGACCAAAAAUGUCAAAGUGGUGGAGCUUGCAUUGGAUUGCCUCCAUAAACUUAUUGCUUAUGACCAUUUAGAGGGUGAUCCUGGUCUUGAUGGUGGCUUAAAUGGACCAUUAUUUACGGAUAUCCUGAACAUGGUAUGCGGUUGUGUGGAUAAUUCAUCACCUGACAGCACUACUCUACAAGUCCUGAAGGUACUUCUUACAGCUGUUGCGUCGACUAAAUUCAGAGUUCAUGGAGAACUUUUGCUUGGAGUAAUAAGAGUGUGCUAUAACAUUGCUCUUAAUAGCAAGAGUCCCAUAAAUCAAGCAACUGCAAAAGCUAUGUUAACGCAAAUGCUCAGUCUUGUAUUUAGACGGAUGGAGAAUGAUGUUGUCCCAACUUUGUCUGCUUCUGCUGCGCACAAAGAAGCUAGUUUAGACAAAGAAUCCAACUUGGAGGUUGAGGCUGCUUCAUCAAGUGAUCAAAAUGACAAAGAAACGACAUUAGACAAUGCAGAUUCAAUCAAUCAAGUCAAAGAUGCAUCUCCUGCAUCUGUUGAUGAACUUCAAAAUCUUGCGGGCGGGACUGAUAUCAAGGGUUUAGAGGCCGUCCUCGAAAAGGCGGUGAACCUUGAAGAGGGUGAAAAAGUCACAAGAGGUGUUGACCUAGAAGGCAUGAGCAUUGGAGAACGUGACGCGUUACUUCUCUUUCGCACCCUCUGCAAGAUGUGCAUGAAGGAAGAUAACGAUGAAGUUACUACUAAGACACGCAUCCUCUCGUUGGAGCUUUUGCAGGGUCUACUUGAAGGUGUCAGUGUCUCAUUUACAAAGAACUUUCAGUUCAUUGACUCGGUCAAAGCUUACCUUUCAUAUGCUUUAUUGCGAGCAUCAGUGUCCCAGACUACUAACAUAUUUCAGUAUGCAACUGGAAUCUUCUCCGUGCUCUUGUUGCGGUUCAGGGAAAGUCUGAAAGGGGAAAUUGGAGUUUUCUUUCCGUUGACUGUUCUACGACCCUUGGAUGGCUCAGACCUGAACCAAAAAUUGAGUGUUCUUCGGAUGCUGGAGAAAGUUUGCAAGGAUUCCCAAAUGUUAGUUGACCUCUAUGUGAACUAUGAUUGUGAUCUUGAAGCCCCUAAUUUGUUUGAACGGAUGGUUAUGAUCGUAUCCAAAAUUGCCCAAGGGACUCAACAUAUGGAUCCUAAUUCUGUCACUGCUUCCCAAAUGGGAUCGAUUAAAACUUCAUCCCUUCAGUGUCUCGUGAAUGUCAUUAAAUCAUUGGUAGAGUGGGAGAAGGCCCAGAGGGAAUCAGAGAAGCACAAACAAAUUCCUGAAGUGGAAACUUCAGCAAAAGAUUUCAAUGAGCUUAGAAGCCGGGAAGAUGCACCCAGUAAUUUUGAGAAACUUAAAGCUCAUAAAUCUACACUUGAAGCUGCUGUUGCUGAGUUCAACCGAAAGCCUGAGAAAGGUAUAGACUAUGUGGUGUCUAGUGGUUUGGUAGAGAACACACCAGCAUCAGUAGCUCAGUUUCUCCGGAACACUCCCAAUUUGGACAAGGCCAAAGUUGGUGAUUAUAUGGGGCAGCACGAGGAGUUCCCACUUUCUGUAAUGCAUGCCUAUGUUGAUUCCAUGAGCUUUUCUGGGAUGAAAUUCGAUGCUGCAAUUCGUGAAUUUCUCAAAGGGUUCCGACUACCAGGAGAGGCUCAGAAGAUAGACCGCAUCAUGGAAAAAUUUGCUGAGCGCUAUUGCACGGAUAAUCCUGGUCUGUUCAAAAAUGCAGACACUGCUUAUGUCCUUGCCUAUGCUGUCAUAAUGUUGAAUACGGAUGCUCAUAAUCCAAUGGUUUGGCCAAAGAUGUCUAAGAGUGAUUUUCUACGGAUGAAUGCUUUACAUGAUGCCGAAGAGUCAGCCCCCACUGAUCUCUUAGAAGAAAUUUAUGAUUCGAUUGUUAAAGAAGAAAUCAAAAUGAAAGAUGAGUCUGCUGGUCUUGCAAAAAGUGGCAAGCAAAAGCCAGGAGAGGAAAGAGGUGGGCUUGUUAGCAUUCUAAACCUGGCUCUACCCAAGAGGAAAUCUUCAACAGAUUCGCAGUCUGAAAGCGAAGCAAUUGUCAAACAAACACAAGCCUUUGUCAGGAGCCAAGGAAGGAAAAGAGGAGUUUUUUACACUUCACAUCAGAUUGAACUUGUGCGCCCUAUGGUGGAAGCUGUUGGAUGGCCAUUGCUUGCCACAUUUGCUGUCACAAUGGAGGAAGGUGAUAAUAAACCAAGGGUUGUUCUUUGUAUGGAAGGAUUUAAAGCGGGAAUACACAUUACUCAUGUUCUUGGAAUGGAUACAAUGCGAUAUGCAUUUUUAACAUCUUUGAUCCGAUUCAACUUCCUACAUGCGCCAAAGGAAAUGAGAAGUAAAAAUGUUGAAGCAUUGCGGACUCUAAUUGCUUUAUCGGAUUCUGAUAUUAAUGCCCUUCAGGAGUCCUGGCUUGCUGUCUUGGAAUGUAUCUCUCGGCUUGAUUACCUAACAUCAAAUCCCACUGCUGCUGCAACUGUCAUGCAAGGAUCAAACCAGAUUUCUAGGGAUGCUAUUUUGCAGUCUCUGCGGGAGUUGGCAGGAAAACCAGUAGAACAAGUAUUUGUGAAUAGUGUGAAGUUGCCCAGUGAAUCUGUGGUAGAAUUUUUUACAGGUCUUUGUAGCGUUUCAGCUGAGGAACUUCGACAAGUUCCAGCACGUGUUUUUAGCUUGCAGAAGCUUGUUGAGAUAAGCUAUUAUAAUAUGGCUCGUAUAAGAAUGGUGUGGGCCAGAAUAUGGUCUGUCUUGGCCAGUCAUUUUAUAUAUGCUGGAAGCCAUCCAGAUGAAAGAGUUGCCAUGUAUGCGAUAGAUUCACUACGUCAACUCGGUAUGAAGUAUUUGGAGCGAGCUGAACUGGCCAAUUUCACAUUUCAGAAUGAUAUCUUGAAACCAUUUGUAAUACUCAUCCGGAACAACAGAAGUGACACCAUAAGACGGCUUAUCGUGGACUGUAUUGUUCAAAUGAUCAAGUCUAAAGUGGGAAGCAUAAAGUCUGGUUGGCGAAGUGUGUUUAUGAUUUUCACAGCUGCUGCGGAUGAUGACAUGGAGCUAAUUGUUGAAAGUGCAUUUGAGAAUGUAGAACAAGUUAUCCUGGAGCACUUCGAUCAGGUUGUUGGUGAUUGCUUUAUGGAUUGUGUCAACUGCCUUAUUGGGUUUGCUAACAAUAAAACUUCUCACCGUAUAAGUUUGAAAGCUAUUGCCCUUCUUCGCAUAUGUGAGGACCGUCUUGCAGAGGGUCUAAUACCCGGUGGUGCCUUAAAGCCCAUUGAUGCCAACGCCGAGACAACUUAUGAUGUGACUGAGCAUUAUUGGUUCCCCAUGUUGGCUGGUCUUUCUGAUCUCACUUCUGAUCCAAGACCUGAGGUCAGGAACUGUGCACUUGAGGUUUUGUUUGAUUUGCUGAAUGAGAGAGGCAGCAAGUUCUCAUCCUCAUUUUGGGAGAAUAUCUUCCAUCGGGUCCUGUUUCCCAUUUUUGAUCAUGUCAGACAAGUAGGCAACGAAAAUUUCAUUUCUACUGGAGAUGAAUGGUUCCGUGAAAGUAGCAUUCAUUCACUCCAGUUGUUGUGCAAUCUUUUCAAUACUUUCUACAAGGAUGUGUGCUUUAUGUUGCCUCCACUGUUAAGCUUGCUUUUGGAUUGUGCCAAGAAAACAGAUCAAUCUGUGGCUUCAAUUUCUCUGGGUGCGCUGGUACAUCUGAUUGAAGUUGGUGGGCACCAGUUCAGUGAGCCUGAUUGGGAUACCUUGUUGAAAAGCAUAAGAGAUGCAACAUACACAACCCAACCCCUUGAGCUGCUCAAUGAUUUGGGUUUGGAGAACUCUAGACAUCAGAUGGUAUCGACAAGAAACUUAGAUGGUGUUUCUGGGGAUGUACCUGCCUCUCCUACACCUGGAAUGUUUGAUAAUCAUCAGUGUAAUGGUAGUGAUGGUGAAAAUAUAUAUCCUCUGGCGACAACAAAUUCUGGCCAUGAUAUUGAGGGAUCUGAAGGUGCUUCAUCUCCUUCUGUAAGAGGUCAGAUACCCACCGAUGCUGGAGGUCUUCAGCGCAGUCAAACAUUUGGUCAAAAAAUUAUGGGAAACAUGAUGGACAAUCUGUUAGUUAGAAGUUUUACCUCGAAACCUAAGAAUCCAACAACAGAUACUUUGGUGCCCUCUUCUCCAGCCAAGUUGUCAGAGACUAUGGAAGUUGAUGCAAAAGACGAGGAGGAAAGUUCAGUUUUGGGAACCAUCAGAAGUAAAUGCAUUACACAGUUGUUACUUUUAGGUGCCAUUGAUAGCAUUCAGAAAAAAUACUGGAAUAAAUUGAAGGCUUCACAGAAAAUCGCUAUAAUGGACAUUUUAUUCUCCACGCUGGAGUUUGCUGCUUCGUAUAAUUCGUACACAAACCUCAGAUUGAGGAUGCAACAGAUUCCUGCUGAAAGGCCACCUCUGAAUCUUCUUCGUCAAGAGUUAGCUGGAACACGUAUAUAUUUAGAUAUCUUGCAGAAGACAACUUCAAUCCUUGAACUGGAACAAGAGAAAGUGCACGAAGCAAGUGUUAAUGGGAAUGGCGCAGCAAGUGUUACCGCUUCAGCAGAACACAUUAAAGACGACAAACUUCAAGCAGUCGCUGAAGAGAAGUUUGUCUCCUUUUGCCGGCAAGUGCUGAGUGAGGCAUCUGAUUUCCAAUCGAACAUGGGGGAGGCUGCUGACAUGGAUAUUCACCGAGUUCUGGAACUUCGCUCCCCGGUUGUUGUUAAGGUGCUUAAUGGCAUGUGCUGUAUGAACAGCAAGGUAUUCAGAAGUAACCUUCGGGAGUUCUAUCCUUUGAUAACCAAACUUGUGUGCUGUGACCAGAUGGAUGUACGUGGAGCCCUGGCAGAUCUUUGCAGCACGCAGUUAACACCUUUACUGCCGAAAGCUGUGGAUCCUGUUCAAUGA